GCCCCCGGCGCGGCCCGGCGCGGCCCGGCCCGGCUCGGCGCGGCACGGCGCGGCGCGGCGCGGCUCGGGAGGCGAUGCGGCAGCCCCGGGGGCGGCAGCAGCGGCGGGAGCGGGGGCCUCUGCCGCCAGGAGCCGCCGCCCCGGACCGCGGCCCGGCCAUGGCGCAGGCGUCGCACGCGGACGAGGAUUUAGAGAUCAUUGAGGAGCUGAUGAAGGAGGAUGGAUUCCAGCCGGAUGCCCCGUCCUUCCUGCCCAGGCCUAUGCCCAAGGGCCCGGCCAAGUUGGUGCCCCGGGGCUCGAGCCCCAUGGUGCCCACGAGAUCGCUGCGCCACUCACAGCCUCUGGGGUCCGGCUCGCUGCCAGGGACUCUGGGGCCCUUUGGAGACUCCCCCCUGCUGCCACCUGUCUCCCGGGGCCCCCAGCUCACCCAGAGCCUGGGCAACCUGACGCUGUCGCCGAGGCUGGUGCCACGGGGGACGCCGCUCCCGUCCACCGCCGCGCCCGCCCAGCACCACUGGUCCAUGCCCACGGCCAAGGAGCAGCUGGAGGACAUGCUGGAGCCGCCCAAGCUGGUGAUCACAGAGCAGCCGAAGCAGCGGGGCAUGCGCUUCCGCUAUGAGUGUGAGGGCCGGUCAGCUGGCAGCAUCCUGGGCGAGAGUAGCACUGAGGCCAGCAAGACCCUGCCAGCCAUCGAGUUGCUGAACUGCCAGAAGAUCCCAGAGGUGAAGGUGACGGCCUGCCUGGUGUGGAAGGACUGGCCGUUCCGUAUCCACCCCCACGGCCUUGUGGGCAAGGACUGCAGCAAUGGGCUCUGCGAGGUCACCCUCAAGCCCCAGACCAACCCCAAGCACAGCUUCAGCAAUCUCGGCAUCCAGUGUGUGAAGAAGAAGGAGAUCGAGGGAGCCAUCGAGAAGAAGCUACAGCUGGGCAUCGACCCCUUCAAAGCUGGCUCCCUGAAGAAUCACCAGGAGGUGGACAUGAACGUGGUGCGGAUCUGCUUCCAGGCUUCCUAUCGCGACGCCAGCGGGCAGACACGGCACUUCAGCCCCGUGCUCUCCGAGCCCAUCUUUGACAAGAAGUCCACCAACACGUCGGAGCUGCGCAUCUGCCGCAUGAACAAGGAGUGCGGGCCCUGCGCGGGUGGGGAGGAGAUGUACCUGCUCUGCGAUAAGGUCCAGAAAGAGGACAUCGCUGUCAUCUUCCGGAAGGAUACCUGGGAGGCCAAGGCCGACUUCUCGCAGGCCGACGUGCACCGCCAGGUCGCCAUCGUCUUCAAGACACCCCCAUACCAGCACCUGGACAUCCCUGAGCCUGUGGAGGUGGCCGUGUUCCUGCAACGCCUGACUGACAGUGUCUGCAGCGAGCCCUUCCCCUUCACCUACCUGCCCAAGGACCACGAUGCCUACGGGGUGAAUGUGAAGCGGAAGCGGGGGAUGCCUGACGUGCUGGAGGAGCUGUCUGGAUCCGACCCUCAUGGGAUCGAAGCCAAGCGGCGGAAGCAGAAGCCAGCCUACAUGGACCACUUUGUCACGCCCCAGGUUGCAGAGGACGCGUUCUCCCUCCUGGCCCCCGCGGAGCCCAUGCCGAUGCCGAUGCCCGAGGCCUUCGAGUACUGCCUGCCCCAGGACUACCCCCCCUACGGCUGCCCCAGCCUGCGGGACGUGCUCCUGCCCUCCUGCGCUGUCACAGACUUGCCCGCUUGCCUGGACCCCGAGUUCCCGCCGGACAUGUAUGGCCCCCCGGCCAGCAGCGCGGCCCCAUUUCUGGUGCCCAGGGAGGUCCCUGCGGGGGACACCGAGGGCACGGCCAGCCUGGUGGGAAGCAACAUGUUCCCCAGCCAGUUCAAGGAGGCCUGCGAGCGGGCGGAGCUGGAGCUGCGGCUGGGGGAUGCAUGAAGGUGGACGAGCCCCAGCUCUGGCCUGGCCGCGGAUGGACUGGGAAUGGUCUUGGCAUCAGAGCAGGGAAGGGAAGGUUCUCCCCGUGGUGGCUGCGGUGGGGCAGGGGGCGCUCAGCUCCGGCAAGGGGAGCGGGGAGGGAGUGACACCCCCAGCUGUCCCCCCCACCGCCGGGGGUGGGUGAAGGCCCCGGCCCCGCAGCCCUUCGGUUGGAGCCCGGCCCCAGGCCGCGGCGCCGGCUGGGUGCAGCAGUGGGGCGCAGGCCCCGGGGUCAUGCUUUGCACUAUAUUUAUGGGGCUGCGCAGGGCCCCCGCCAGGGGAGAGGGGCCGCCCCCACCACCCCGGCAGCAGGGGCUGGUCCCGGAUGGGUCGUGCCAGGAGCCUGCGGCGGGCCCGGAGCAGCCGGGUGCCAGGAGGGGCCGUCCCGGCGCCUGCUCCCGGUCCGACUUCACCUCGUGCCUUGUUUCCCGACCUGCAAGACGAAGACACUGCAGCCCCCUGCUCCCCCCGCCCCGCCCCGCCCCGCCCAGGGCGCUGUGAUGGGCAUGAAUAAAACUCCUGCAACCGCU